UGGGUACAGGGCACAUGUUGGGUUAGUCGCCAGUCGCGCGACUCCCCUUGGGCCGGUAUGACGGUAUGGGUGUUACUCCUGCUGACAUGCGUGGCGGCGGCGGGCGCACUGAAGGCGCCUGAAAGUGGCUUCCUCUUCACAUCGCCCAAGUUGCUGCAAGCGGGCACCAGCGAACGCUUCUGCGUCACGCUCUUCAACCUGCCCGGGCCGGGGCGGAACGUGACCCUCAGUCUCUCGAGCAAGGCCGGGACACGCCCCUGGUCCACAACAGUGGAGCUGAUACCAGACACGGUGGACGCUGAUGGCGAUCACUGUUUUGACCUGGACGUGCCGCGCUCGGUGCCCCCUUUCCGGGGUUACCUGGAUCUCCGCAUUGCCAACGCUGCCGGACUCCGCCUCUCAGACGGCUCCAAG